AUGUCUAUAAAUACAAGACACGGGCUUCCUUUCCUGCCAGGAAACUCAUUUCGGGAUUUAACGAAAUCCGCUUUCCACAGAGCUCAGACUCUGGGUUUUAAGAACGGUUACGCUCUGCCCCGGCGGCCCGCGGUCGGCACCGGACAAGAUCCGCUGCUGUCGGUGAACAUCAGUCACAGCGAGAGGAACCAGCUGAUCAGAGACAUCCCGAACCUGACCUACGGGACCGACACACACCGACCCCCGCCGCUAGACUUCAUACCGGCACACGCUGCUUAUGACAAGAAGGUGCUGCGUUUCUAUGGUUACUUCCGGCAGGAAGUGUUACACUCCCCGGAUGAGCACUUCUGCAUUCGUCCGGUGGUGAUUUAUUAUCACCUGGAGGACGACAGCAUGUGUGUGACCGAGCCACCGGUGGAAAACUCUGGAAUUCCUCAGGGAAAGCUGAUCAAACGUCAGAGGCUGCCCAAAAACCAGCGCGGAGAUCUGUACCACUGGAAAGACCUCAAUGUCGGGAUGGACAUGAGCUUGUUUGGAACAGUUUACAGGAUAACACGCUGCGAUGCCUUCACACAGGUCUUCAUGGAGAGUCAGGGAAUAGUGCUAAAUGAGUCAGAGUCUAUUCCCAAUGAUCCGUACACCAUCCGGCGCGCUCAGGCACAACAAACCCACAUCACACCCUACGACCACAAUCAUCAGCUGGAGCGCUUCCUCGCCCUGGAUCGCCAGGUGCUGCGUUUCUAUGCGCUCUGGGACGACUCAGACUCUCUCUACGGGGAGAAACGGCCUGUAACGCUGCAUUACUAUCUGGUGGACGAUUCGGUUGACAUCUGCGAACAUCACGAGGCCAACAGCGGCCGGGACCCAUUCCCAGUGCUGCUCCACAGACAGAAGGUUCCCAAACACAUCAAAUCAACCUGCGAGCCGUUCCCCAGCUGUGUUCUGGAAGUUUCUCCACAAGACGUGAAGGAGUAUUUCUCUCCUGAAGACUUCAGGGUCGGUGAGGAGGUCACGCUGAUGGGGAGGCGCUUCCUGCUGUAUGACUGUGACGACUUCACCAGGAAAUACUAUGAACAGAAUCACCCCGACUUCCUGCUCAAACCACUUACUGUAGACACCAGAACACAGCAAGACAUCAAGAAGGUGAUUCCUCCGUAUAACGGCUUCGGUUCGCUGGAGGACUCGUUACAGAACUGUCUGUCCCUAAUUCCUGAACCGCCCAAGAAAGACGUGAUCAAACUGCUGGAGAACGACAACAAAGUCCUGCGUUACAUCGCACGGCUGGAUUCCCAGAAUCCCCUGGAUGAGGGCCGACGCUUCAUUCUGUCGUACUACCUGUCUGAUGACAUGAUCAGUGUCUUUGAGAGAUCAACACGUAAUUCCGGCAUCAUCGGAGGAAAAUUCCUUGAGAAGACUUGUGUCCCGAAACCAGGAAGCUCUGUGGAAAACCCAGAAUACUUCGGGCCUGCAGACUUCUCCAUUGGAGCGACUGUGGAGGUGUUUGGCCAUCGGUUAGUCCUGAUGGAUGCUGAUCGCUACGUGUUGAGUUAUCUGGAGUCACUGUCCCAUCACAUCCCUGAACACACUCUCUCUUCACUGAGACAGAAGUUUGGGGUCAGUCAAACCUCAGACCAGGAGGAACAACAUGAAGGUGAGACUGAUGGAGCUGCGGUCAUCCUCCAGAGCUGAAAUCUGCUCUAUAAUGCUUCCCAUCGUCACAAGAUACCAACACGUCAUCAUCAAAAUACCUUUUUUCUUUCAUGUUUGUUCUUUUUGAUGUUGAGAAUGUUCAUGUAUUGUGAUGUUAAUGUGCAAUAA